AUGAGUUUCUACACGUUAUUCGUAACAUGUCUUUGCACUCUCCUGCUCCCACUCCUCCUGAUCGUGACUGCGAUGAAACUGUGGGAAAUGUACGUCAUUAGUGGAAGUGAUCCAACCUGUCAGAGUCCUCUUCCUCCGGGUACCAUGGGACUGCCCUUCCUUGGCGAGACGCUUCAGAUGGUCCUACAGAGAAGAAAAUUCCUAAAAAUAAAACGGCAGAAAUAUGGAUAUAUUUAUAAGACGCAUCUCUUUGGGAGUCCCACGGUGCGGGUAAUGGGUUCAGAACAUGUGAAACAGAUUCUGAUGUCGGAACACAAAUUGGUCGCGGCUCAGUGGCCAGCAUCAGUGCGACUCAUUCUCGGGUCGCACGCCCUCUCCAAUGCGCAUGGCGCGCUCCACAAGAGCAAGAAAAAGGCGAUCAUGAAAGCCUUUUCUGGAGAAGCCCUGAAAGAGUAUAUUCCUGUGAUCCGGGAGGAGGUGAGAUGCGCAGUGCAUAGCUGGCUGCAAAGCGACUCUUGUGUGCUAGUGUACCCAGAGAUGAAGCGCCUCAUGUUCCGCAUCGCAAUGAGGAUCCUGCUUGGCUUCGAGCCCGAGCAAACAAAGACCGACGAGCUGGAAUUAGUGGAAGCGUUCAAAGAAAUGAUAAAUAACCUUUUCUCCCUACCAAUCGAUGUUCCUUUCAGCGGCUUGUACCGGGGUCUGAGAGCACGCAACAUCAUCCACUCAAAGAUAGAGCAAAACAUCAAAAAUAAGCUGUCCAAUAUUGAUAACAACAAUAACUAUAAAGAUGCUCUGCAGUUAUUGAUUGAGAAUGGAGAGAGGAACGAGGAGCGACUAAGCAUGGAGGAGAUAAAAGAGUCUGCCACAGAAUUGCUAUUCGGUGGCCACGAGACGACAGCGAGCACUGCGACCUCUCUGGUGAUGUUUCUCGGGCUGCAUGCACAUGUCAUGCGUAAAAUGCGCCAUGAGCUUCAGGAGAAGCAUUUGUUGGGAGCCCAAUCUGAGGACAAACCGCUGAGUAUUGAGUUGUUGGAACAGUUGAAGUACACCAGCUGUGUCAUCAAAGAAACUCUCCGUAUAAACCCUCCUGUCCCUGGUGGCUUCCGUGUGGCACUGAAGACAUUUGAGCUCAAUGGAUACCAGAUUCCCAAGGGUUGGAAAGUCAUCUACAGCAUCUGUGACACACACGAUGUGCUGGACACACUUAUGAACAAGGAGGAGUUUCAGCCAGAGAGGUUCUUGGACAAGUCACCAGAUGACUCCUCCCGGUUCGGUUACAUCCCAUUUGGGGGUGGUGCGAGGACGUGUGUGGGUAAAGAGUUUGCUAAAGUUGUACUAAAGGUGUUCCUGGUCGAGGUGGUCACCAGAUGUGACUGGACUCUGUUAAACGGACCCCCGACAAUGAAAACAGGCCCAACCGUUUAUCCAGUGGACAAUCUGCCCACAAAGUUCAGCAGAUAUGGUGACAAAUGUAUCCAGAACAACUGA